CUCUCUCUCUCUCUCUCAAAAUAAACUUAAACAAAAAAAGCCACAUCAACCCACCAAGACACCAGCCUUGGUUCAGAAUAUUAACCAGACUGCAAACUUCAUUUAGAUUUCACCAGGUUUUCCACUAGCCCAGGACCUUCAUUCUGGCCCAGGACCGCAUCCGGGGUCCCACAUGACAUCUCGCCAUCUCGCCAUCUCGCUUUGUUUUCUGGGGCUCCUCCAGUGUGACCUUUCCUCACACUUUCCUGGUUUUGCGUGGCCUCGACGCUUUUGAAGAGCAGUGGCCAGGUGCUUUGUAGAAGGUCCCUUGGACUGAGUUCGUCUGAUGUUUUCUCAUGAUUACACUGAGGUUACCUUACACUGAAGGUGGCCCAGAGGUGUCCUGUCACAUAGGGGACAUCACAGCAGGCGUCCUGUCCUCAUCACAGUGACACUGAUCUUCAUCACUUGGCUAGGGCGGGGUCCGCCAGGUUUCUCCGGGAAUAAAGUUCCCCUUCUUCACUCUAUCCGCACUAUUUGCUGGAAGCAAGUCACUGAGUGAACCCACGUGGAUGGCGCGGGGGAGGGGAGGCUCUGCGUCCUGGAGGGAGGACCAUGGAAGAAUUUACAGAUGCGUUAACACCAUGGCGGUAAUUAACAAGUAUUUUGGAGGUGUGACUUUUCUGCUACCCGAUGUCCCGCCUCUCCUUGGAGUGUCCCCGGUAAUGACGUGUGCAUCUGUGGGCCUUGUCUGCGGGGAUGAUCACCGGGGUGUUCCCAUGAAAAUCCCAUGGUGAUUUUCUAUUAACGGGGCUGGGUGGUGAUUUUUGAAGUUUUCAUCCGGGAAUCCAGAUCACGCCCGUCAUAAGUAUCCGGUAACUGGCCUCUAUUCAUUCCUCAUGAGUCUGCACGAGAAUUUGCGUUUACAAGAGACUUCACGCCUACGACAUCACCCAGAGCAGGCUGGUGGCUCACGUGUAGUGAGUGGGGACAGAGCAGGACUGCUCCAGGAUGUUGUUAACAGAGGGCCACAGCCAGACAGUCCUUAGAGCACGAGAACCUGUUCAGGACCUGUUGCGGUGGGGAAAGACCUCUAGUGCACCUGGGCCCCAUCCCCGAUGCAGUGUGGACAAGUGGGGGUUUAUAACAAGGGAGUAGGUGGGGGUCAGCAGACGGGUACUUGCCGUGAGGACGCAUCACGGGGGAUUCUGGCUGAACAGACCUGAUAAGAUUGCUGCUGCAGGCAUUCUGGGUGAUCCCCACCCCCCUCAACCCCCCGCCACCUGGGUGGGGCAGGAGGAAAUUGGCCGGAUAUCCAGGGUGAUCAGACACGGGGCGGGGGCUUCAAGCUGAAGUGACUUAGCAGGGCUCUGGCUAAAACAGAGCAUCUGAGCUGAACUCAGAAGCCCAGAAGUCAAGGCCUAGUUGGACGGAGGGCUCAGAGAGGCGAGAGAGGGUCCUUGGUGCCACCAGGCAGCACCAGAAUCAGCCUGGAAGGGAAGGGAGCCUCCCGGGAGUGUGCAGGGCUCACAGUCCGGCCUGUGCCUUCUGGGUGGGACAGGCGCAUCUGGAUCCUUCCUGCUGCAGAGCUGGGGUGGUCCAGUAGGAGAGUCCAGGGCAAAGGAGGGGGCCCGGGAGAGGGGCCCCAGGGAGCCGGCUGGGCUGUGGGAAGGCAGAGAUGAGUCUGGGAGGCGCCAAGGGUGGGGGCCUGUGGGCUUCGAGGCUGGGAGGUCCUACUGGGUUGAAUGGGGUUCCCCACAAAAUUCGUGUCCACCCGGAACCUUGGAAUGUGAGCUUAUCUGGAAAUGGGGUCUUUGCAGAUGUAAUUAGUUAAGAUGAGGUCAUAUGGGAAUGGGUGAGUCUAAUCCAACGACUGGCGUCCUUAUAAGAAGAGAGACACAGAGUCAGAAGACAGUCACGUGACCACCAAGGAAGAAGCUGGAGGGAUGUGACCACAAGCCCAGGGGAAGCUGGAGUCCCAGAACCUGGAAGAGGCAGGAAAGACCCUGUUCUGGGGCUUUGGCCCUGAGACCUUGAUCCAACUUCUGGCCUCCUGAACGUGAGAGAAUAAAUCUCUGCUGUCUUAAGCCCCCAGCGUGUGGUCGUUUAUUUCAGUGGCCCCAGGACACUUGCACAGACUCCUCCGUGAUAGAAUUGGUAUACUUUGUAAGCUUCCAAGACCUUCCGUAUUUUGGUCCAUGCAUGGGUUAAGGGGCCAUUCAGGCCUGUGGCCUCUGUCCUGGCUUCUGUUGUCCACACUGUGUGUGUGUGUGGGGGGCACCUGGAUUGUGCCAGAGGUGUCCAGGUCCAGGAUUUGGGGAUCAGGGACAGGCCUGGGCCUGGGCUUCACGGUCCCUUCUCCUCCCGCAGCUCUGCCUGCCCCGGAUCCUGCUUUUCCCAAGAGAAGAGGAUGGCUGCUGAGUACGUGUCCCCCGGGCCCCAGGAGCUAGUGACCUUCGAGGAUGUGGCCGUGGCCUUCUCCCGAGAGGAGUGGGCCUUGCUGGACCCUGCUCAGAAGAGGCUAUACAGAGAGGUGAUGCUGGAGACCUACAGGAACCUGGCUGCACUGGAAACCUUGAAGACCCGAAGUGCUGAUGCAGGCAUUGAGUUUGGUGCACUGUCCGCAACCCAAGCCUCUCAGGCCGCCGGUCCUUCCCCGUGGGUGGGGGGUUCACUCUUUCUACCAGUGGUGCCUUUCCAGCUGGAGCAAGGAGUAGCUGUGUGGUUGGGGGGGGAAGGAACUCCCCAAACCUCCUGUUCAGAUUUGGCUGCCAUACUGAAAAGCCAAGAGUCAUCUUGUAAGAAGGUGGUUUGGGGGGAAGAACCACCCAGUGGUAUGACUAUAGUAAAGCUUCCCAAAGGAGACUGGGGCUAUGGUCAACUUGAGGAGAAUCGUGAAGCCCUGCACAGGCUUUUGAGGCAGCUGGCGUACCCCCAGGCGGAGGUGUUUGCUCAAAGGGAGACCACUGCCUGGCAUGAGUUUGGGGAAGCCUGUAGUAUGAGCUCAGACCUUGCUUUAUCUCAAGGAGGUUCUAUAGAAGAACAUUCCCACGACUGUGGUCUAGAUAUUGAGAGUUUGGUAGCUAAUCCAUUCUUAAACCAUCAUCGGAUGGCAUAUACAGAUCAGAGACCCUGUGAAGGGAACGAAUGUGGAAAAGACGUCAGCCACAAUAGUGCCUUCAGUCAACACAACAGAGCCGCCGAAAGCGGGGAAUCAUUUCCUCACGGUAUGGCUCUCACAACACACAACAUGGUGAAUACAGCGGGGAAACCCUACGAAUGUCACCACUGCGGGAAAGUGUUUAACCGGAGGCAUUCCCUGAGUGAGCAUCAGAGAAUCCAUACAGGAGAGAGACCAUAUGAAUGUCAGGAAUGUGGGCGAGCCUUUACGCACAGCUCAACCCUCACACGACACUUGAGAACUCAUACUGGAGAGAAACCCUAUGCGUGCGGCGAAUGUGGGAAAGCCUUCAACAGGAUUUCGUCUCUCACCCAGCACCAGAGGAUUCACACAGGGGAAAAGCCCUACAAAUGCAAAGACUGCGGAAAGUCCUUCUGCCAGAGUUCUUACCUGGUCUUGCACAAGAGAACGCAUACAGGCGAGAAGCCCUAUGAAUGUAACGAGUGUGGAAAGGCCUUCAGUGAUCGUUCCUCGCUUAACCAACACGAGCGGACUCACACCGGUGAGAACCCCUAUGAAUGUAAUCAGUGUGGAAGAGCCUUCAGUCAGAGGUCUUCCCUCGUUAGGCACGAGAGGACUCACACUGGAGAGAAACCGUACGGCUGUAGCGAAUGUGGGAAAGCGUUCAGCCAGAGCUCGUCCCUUAUCACACAUCAGAAAACUCACACCAGUCAGAAAACCUAUAAAAUAAUUGAUUGUGGGAAAGCUUUCUAUCAGAGCAGCAACCUCAUUGGGUUUGACCUCCUGAGGAUGCUGGGCUGCCUGGGAACCCAGGGUCACCCCCGCCUCAGGGCCCUUAAUCCCUUCUGCAAAGUCCCUUUUGCCAUGUCCGGGGCCAUGUUCACAGAGUACUCGUCCACGGUCACCUCGCCUCCGGGCCUUGCGGCCCUGUCUUCUCGGUCCCGGCUCCGGGCAGGGGACGCUCCGCGGCGAAACCGAGUCAGGUGGUCAGGGCCUGCCACGCCGCGCCACCUGGAGGCUCAACUCCCGGCGCACAUCCGGAGCGCGCGGGUCAGCCACGUGUGUCGGGACUGCCUGUCGCUCAGAUCAGGGCGCGGGGGCCCGGAACACCGUCCAAUCAGGCGCGGGGGCGGGCGCGCUUGCGGCCGCGUGGACGUGGCUCCGGGCAGGUCCCGGGGGCUCCUGCGCACCUGCCCGCGCGGACCCAGGUGUCCUCCUCUCACCUGCUCGGCCUUCGGGCCCGCGGGGAAGACGUCUUCCCCGGAGAGCUCGGAGCCGGGCCCCGACAUGGACUCAGUGGUCUUUGAGGAUGUGGCUGUGGACUUUACCCCGGAGGAGUGGGCUUUGCUGGAUUCUGCUCAGAGGAAGCUCUACAGAGAUGUGAUGCUGGAAAACUUGAAAAACCUGGCCGCAGUGGAUGAUGAGACUCAAUUGAAGGCCAAUGGGUCUGUUUCUCAGCAGGAUGCUUAUGGGAAUAAAAUAUCCAAGGGAAACAAAUUGGCAGAGUUCACCAGAAAUGAAUCCUGGGCCUCUGUUUUAGGGAAAAUUUGGGAAGAACUCAGCACGGAAGAUCAGCCCACAAACCAGGGGAGACAUCUGAGAAAUCCUGUGGUGGAGAGACUCUCUGAAAGUAAUGGUCAGUGCAGGGAAGGCUCCAGUCAGAUUCCAAAUCUUAAUCUGUAUGAGAAAACUCUUUGCGGAGUUAAAGAGGAUGAAUGCAGUGAGUAUGAGAAAGUCUUCGGGCGUCACUCCCUCGAGAGUCACAUCGCCAUGCACGCUGGACACAAAGCGUAUCAGUGUCAGGAGUGUGGGCGGGCCUAUACCUGUCGUGCACACCUAAGAAUGCAUGUGAGAACCCACAACAGAGAGAGAACCUACGCGUGUAAAUUAUGUGGAAAAACCUUUCCUCGUACUUCUUCCCUCAACCGGCACGUAAGGAUUCACACUGCUGAGAAAACCUAUGAGUGUCAGCAAUGUGGGAAAGCCUUCAUUGAUUUCUCAAGUCUUACUAGUCAUGUGAGAACUCACACUGGAGAGAAGCCAUAUAAGUGCAAGGAAUGUGGGAAAGCCUUCAGUUAUUCCUCAACUUUCCGGAGACACAUGAUAACGCACACUGGAGAGAAGCCCUAUAAAUGUAAGGAAUGUGGGGAAGCCUUCAGCUACUCCUCAACUUUUCGGAGGCAUAUGAUCUCACACACUGGGGAGACACCACAUAAAUGUAAGGAAUGUGGAGAAGCCUUCAGCUACUCCUCAGCUUUUCGCAGGCACAUGAUCUCACACACUGGAGAGAAGCCCUACGAAUGUAAACAGUGUGGGAAAACCUUUAUUUACCUGCAGUCCUUCCGGAGACACGAAAGGAUUCACACUGGAGAGAAACCCUAUGAAUGCAAACAGUGUGGGAAAACCUUCAUUUAUCCCCAGUCCUUUCGAAGACAUGAAAGGACUCAUGGUGGACAGAAGCCCUAUGAGUGCAGCCAGUGUGGGAAAGCCUUCAGCCAUCCCUCGUCCUUUCGAGGGCAUAUGAGAGUGCACACUGGGGAGAAACCUUAUGAAUGCAGUCAGUGUGGCAAAACUUUCAACUGGCCCAUCUCCUUACGAAGACAUAUGAGGACACACACCAGAGAGAAACCCUAUGAGUGCAAACAGUGUGGGAAAGCCUUCAAUUUGUCUGCUUGCUUUCGAGAACAUGUGUGGAUGCAUCCAGGAGACAAGUCCUAUCAAUGCAAGCUAUGCGGGAAAGCGUUCUAUUGCCACAUAUCCUUACAGAAACACAUGAGAAGGCACACUGCAGAGAAACUCUAUGAAUGCAAGCAGUGCGGGAAAGCUUUCAGUUGGCCUGAACUCCUGCAGCAGCACGUGAGAACACAUACCGCGGAGAAACCCUAUGAAUGUAAGGAAUGCGGGAAGGUCUUCAAAUGGCCGUCAUCCUUGCCGAUACAUAUGAGAGUGCACACUGGAGAGAAACCCUAUGAAUGUAAGGAGUGUGGGAAGGCUUUUAGUUGUUCCUCAUCCUUAAGAAGACAUGUAAGGAUACACACUACCGAGAGACACUACUUAUGCACUGCGGGAAAUUCUGCAGAUGAAUUCAUGCCCCAUGCUUCAGAAAAUCCACACCAGGAGAGAAAUCUGAUAAAAGUUGUAAAUAUGGUACUGCCUUUGUGAGAACCCCAUCAAAGUGGACCCAUGGGGUGUGCAUUUCUAGUUCUUUUACAGAUAAAAACUUGGGUGCAGAAUAGCUCUCCAAGUACUCUUAGCUUUCAUACGAAAGUUUGCAAAUACUAUGUUUUCCCCUACAUUUCAAUAAAUAAACCUAUCUUUACAGUUUGUUGGA